CCCGGGAUCCCGCGUCACCCAUUGUUUACAAACCAACCCCAGCGGGCCGAGCUCCAGCUUCAACCGCAGCCGCCGGAGCCGCGUGUGCUGGCGUGCGCGCGGGGCGGCGGGCGGCGGCCCCGGUCCCGCUGCGUCUGCGGCGCGGCAGGGCGCCGGCCGAGAUGCCGUGUCGCCCGGGCGAGCGCUUCCUGCUGCUGGAGCGCUCGGUCGCCGUGGGACAGGCGGGCUCCAAGGAGGUGGACGCGCUGGUGGCCAAGCUGGGCGAGGUGCUGCAGCUGAGCGCCCAGCGGGCGCCGCCACCGCCCCGCGCCCCCAAGCACCUGGGGCCGGGCAGCGCCCGCGACCGCGCCGCCCCCUACUCGCCGCGCUGCACCGGCGGCGGCCCGCUGGCGCCGCGGGGGCCGGCCCCGCCGCAAGCCCACCAGCAGCACGCCGAGCCCCCGCGGCCGGACAGGAGCGGCCACCAGCGGGUGACCAAGCAGCUGUGCGGCCGGGGCUGGCUGCGGAGCGCCGCCCGCCGGAGGAAGCAACCGCCGCCGGGGCCGGGCGACGGGCCGGCGGAGGAGGAGGACCCCCACCGGCUCCUGCAGCAGCUCAUCCUCUCCGGCAACCUCAUCAAAGAAGCCGUCCGGCGGCUGCAGCUAGCGGCAGCGGCGGCAGCGGCGGCGGCUUCCACGGCCUCCAGCGGCAGCGCCUCGGCGGGGAGCAGCGGCGCGGACGGCGAGGCGGCGGCGGCGGCGGUGGUGCAGCCCCUGCAGUAGCCGGCGGGGGACGAGCGGCGGCGGCGGCCGGGGCAGAGGAGGAGCGCGGCUGGGGCGGCCGGUCGCGGCGGCGGGGCCCCCCGCCGAGCGGACUGCGGGAGCGCGGUGCUGGCUCUGCCGCGAUGUAAGUCUCCCCCCGCGGCGGGGCGGCGGCGGCUUCCCCCCCCGCCCCCCCGCAUCCCGCUGCCGGGCGGGGACGGGCCGGGCGCGGCGGGGUCGGGGUCGGUGGGGGUGGGGCGGGUGUGCCCCCCCCCCGCCCAAGGUCACCCCCGGCGCGGCGCCGAUCCCCGAUGCUGCUCUCCAAGCGGCGGAGGCCGCGCACGCCGCCCGCCCCGAGUUGUUGUUGUUGUUGUGCCCCCCCCCCCCGCCUUCCCCGGGAGCUCCUCCUCCUCCUCCCCCCGCCGGGGCAGCCCGGCCGGGGCCGCGGACCCCCCAGCCGCCGGUCACCCGGCCGCCGCGGGGCUGCUCCGUCUCCCAGGAGCCAUUUGCAAUAAUUGUCGCUGACCCCGGCGGGAGGUGUUUCCUUUCCCCUCCCGGGCUGGUUUGGGUUUUUCGUUUGUUUGUUUUUUUAUUAUUAUUAUUAUUAUUAUUAUUUUAAUGUUUAUUAUUAUUUUUCCUGUUGUGACUGUAUGAAGCAGUUUAAAAAAAAAAUGUGAAUAUCAAAGCUGGAAGGCAGCUGGACUUCUAAUUGUAAAGCCUGAUGAGUGAAUGGAGCCUGAGACGCAUUGUUCACAUAGGUAGCCGAAACAAGUUUUUUCUACCAAAAAGAAAAAAAAAAACCAACCUGAAUCCACCCUUCCCCGACAAACUCAAUGGCUCAAAUACGAGAUGCAGCUGUUGAUUUUAAAUAUAUGCACUUCGUACCGGAGUGUUUGAAAUGUGUUCCUGAUUUACAGGACUUACUGUCUUAAUUAACCUGUCUGUAUUGAAUAAACGUGGUCUUGUUUUUA